AUGAAAGACCUGCUACAUCCGAUAAGCUCUUAUCCAGACAUUGAAUGCAUCGCUCUCCGGAGCUUACCUUUACCAAGUGGUGCAGCUCUUAAAUUGGAAAAGAUGAUGAAUUUUUCCUGGGCUGGUUUAGAGGGUGGGCAAAAAGGCCAUCUAGUGAAAUGGGAAUUGGUGACUCAAAGCGCGGAAAGAUGGGGCUUAAACAUUGGCAAUUUGUUGAUGAAGAACAUCGCUCUUUUGGGUAAGUGCCUUUGGACAUUUCCUUUAGUAGGGGAGUCAUUGUGGCAUGCUGUCAUAAGAAGUAAAUAUGGGUUUGAAGAGAAUGGGCGGGAUGAAAAUCCAGCUCAGAGGGGUUCUAGCUGGAGUCCUUGGAAAGACAUUUUGUCAAGGAAAACAGUAGCAAGAUUAGUAGAAUUCUCAUCUGAUUCACUCAACUGCACUUUUGGUUUGAGUUUAAAUGAUUUCGAGAACGAGGACCUUUCUUCAUUGCAGGCUAUACUGAAGAUUCAGUUGUAUAGUAUGAUCUGGAAAGCCAAGGCUACUCUGAAGGUCGAUCAUGGAAAAGUGAGCAACCAUGGGCAUGCAUUUCUCCUCACUGGUGUAUCAAAGAGGAUGGGGAGAAGGGAGGCUGAAGUGAGCUGGGCAAUCCCAAAGGGGUGUCACGCCUUGUGUGAAAAGCAUGUAGAGUUUGGUGGUAAGAAAAGGGCCAAAGAGAGAAAUAGAAGACUUUUUGAAGACAAUGGUGGGAUGGAGGUGGAGGAUCUUUGGUAUUAA